GAUACAGAUAGUUGAGAAGAAGGAAGCAGGCGCAGCCUGCAACGCGUUUCGCCCGCCCCUGUUUUUAGCAGAGCAGCGCAGGCGCCGGGCAACGCAGAGAGAGAUAGAGAAGUAGGGAAGGCGGCACAGAAGCGGGGAAGAAAAGAAGGGGGGGAAAUGGUGAACAAGGCAUGGAAGAUAAUACCAAGGCCAUUGCUAGAAACCGUGCUGAACAACCACGCCCAGCACCAUCGUGUCCCUCAGCCUCUCAUCCUCCACGGCCCCAGAGGAGCCGGCAAAACCACCCUCAUCCUCGAACGUCUCCUCAGCGAGUGGAACAAAGGCCCUCACAUCACAGGCUAUGUAGACUUCGCUCAAUCCAUGGAAGACCAUCACCCACAUCACAACCAGUCCUUCCCAUGGUCGUCCUGGUCCAAUUGCCCACCACCCACUCUCCCCAACCUCCGAACCCAGCUUGAGAACUGCCUCGAGUCCAUGGCGCAGAAGGCCGUACGCCUCGGCACCGUCAGCUCGCACCAAAUAUUCUCUACGCUCAGCAAGUGGUACAGCCUCAACACCACCUUGCGCCGCAUACUCCAUUCAAACAACAGCUCCAGCCCCGCCAUUAGAGACGACAAGAUCACAGCCUCCGUAUUGUGGGAUCGUGCCAUUUUCGCGCUAUCUGCUCGAUCAAAUGCGCAAGAGAUCGAUGGGGUCUUAGAGUUGGGGGAGAAGGCUAAGGCAGUGUCCGUUGAAGAAGCCUCGUAUUUUAGGGAGGCGAUUGUGGCGCUAAGAUUAGCAAAGGAGGUGAUUAAGGUUCAGCAAGGGUGGAGGGCUAAUGCCGUUGCUCAUUUAAAUAGGACGGGUGGGUUUUCAAGGUCUUUAGCCAAUUCGGCAACUGAUUGGCCUUGUUUGUUGCUGGAGUUAUUAUCUGCAGCUGCUGAGGUUGAUUACUUUCAGCCAAAACUUGUAAUCAACAAUAUUGACAUUCUUCGGACUGCAAUUUUAACGGAUGAUUCAGCAGCCUGUGCAUCCCAGUAUCAUGACAGUCUGCUGUGGAGAAUUAUAGCUUUGGGUGCAAAUGAGCGAUGUCUGCCGGUCAUACUUUUAACAUCAGAUAGCUACUAUUCUUACCGAGCCUAUAUUGAUUUUGGAUUUCCAGACAUAUUCAUCUCCCGUGAGACCUUUGGUUGGACUCCGCAAGAAGCAAAGAUGCAUAUGGUCACUGAUUUCUUCAGCCAUUCAGAGUGGACAUUGAUUGCUGAAGUACUGGGAUCAAACCCUCGGCAUUUAUUUGAGCUUUAUGCCCUUAAACAAAGCAACCAUUAUCAAGAAGUCAUGAACGAGAAGGCUAGUACAUUUGAGGACAUCAUAGAUGCAUAUUUAGCAUAUUUGCAAGUUACGGUGGUGAAUCCUGCCAUGAACAAAGCAUUAAUAGCCCUAAAUAAAUUUGCUGUUGAUGCACAAAAUGGAAGGAUUUCAAAAGAUAGAUUAUGUUUUGGUUCUCCUUGGAGGCAUCCACCACACAAUGACGAUCCUACCUUGUGCUUAGAGUGGGCUAAGCUUCAACUAAUGGAUUUUGUUCAGUCCUUGGUGAAUGCAGAAUUUGGGUUUAAUUAUCUAGCUGACUGCAGCCUUGAGAUCCUGGAUGAUCCUUCAGCUGUUGCAUUGGUAGAGGUCGGUCUGCUCUAUGCUCAACGGGAUCCAUCCUUUAUUCGCCCCAUAUCACGGGGUAUUCAAAGGUGCCUUGUGAGAUGGCUUGUUCAGGAGAGGUUGCAAAUGAGUUUCUGGAGUUCUCUCCGAUAUUGGUGGCAGCGAAUUUUUCGUGGCCGUAGUUAUCGCCAUUUGAUGCUAGAAAUUGGCUAUAAAUAAGGCCAUUGGAGUAUGUGCGCAGCUUAAUGAUUGUUAAAGGAGGCCGUCUCCUACUUAGUAGGUAUUGGCUUCUUUGCACACCCCAGGGGUUAGUGUGGGUGAAUAUUUGUUAACGUCAAAAGUCGGUGAAGUACUUUUUGGUUAUCUUUUAUGGGAGCAGCAGUUAUAACUUAGUGGGUUAUGAAGAGGUUACUUUUGUUAACGCACAUUCAUUUUGUGAGUCAACUGCUUCCUUCGAGGUCUGCAUGAAACUUUUGCAGACUUGGGUGGAAUCUGCUGCAACUGAGCUUUAAUAAAAAUGGAUAUACUGUAAGAUUUCUGCUUUCAAGAUCAAGAUGCUUCUGUUUUUGGAGCUCAUGAUAUGCUUACUAGGGUUGAGCUAUACAGCUGGGGUAGUAAUUCCGCCCUACCCCAAACCACAAUGUGUUAUUGCUUCCACUCGGAUGUUAUGAUAAGAAGCUAGGCAUUCCCCAUUUCUUUGGUUCUGUAUGCUGUACACAUCCCUUUCCAUAUGUGGGCUGAAGUGAAGCCAGCCAGAUGGAAUUGUAUGCUGAUGAUUCUGGAACAGUAAUCAGGAUCUGAUUUGGCACACCAGAUGAUUUACCUUUUGAGGUAUGUUGAAUAACCAGAACUCUUGCCUCAUAAUCUGACAGGGGACCUCACUCGUAAGAAAUGAUUUUCCCUCUGCUUCUUACUAUACAACUGUUUGAUGCUACAAUUGUUAUUCGGAGAAAUCAAAAGAGGAAAAGAAAUUGUAACUGUGAUUACGCUGAUUAAUUAAAAAUUAAACAUUUAUUA